AUGAAAAACACAAUUAUAUCCGAUAUUGAUGCUAAAAAAUGUUCACCAACUGGUAAAUAUUAUCGCUCUUAUAAAGGUGAUAUAACAAUUCGAACAGGCAAUACUAGUAGUGGAAGAAAAGAUACAUCUGAUGUUAAUUGGAGUUGUGGAACAGCUAAAUUAGAUGUUAAAGUCUUAGAUCAACUUGAAAUUAAAUUUGAUCAAACACAUCCUUGUCGUUUAUGUGAUGAUGAUUUUAGUUCUAAAACAUUAAUUAAUGAAAAAUUGUUAAGAUCAGAUAAUAAACGUUCAUCUAGUUAUUCAGGUUCAAUUAUUACAGAUGAUGGUAAACGGAAUGAAGUACCUUAUAUCAAAUCUAAAAAAUUAGGAAAUGUUAAUACAGAUAAAAUCUGUCCAUUAUAUGGUAAAUCUCGUUUGGAUAAUCAUUCAAAUCAUCAAAUAACUCAAUUAACUCUUGUAGAAAAUAUAUCAACAACAAAUGAAUUAAUUAAAAAUUUACAUAAUAAAGGUUUAGCAAAGUGA